AUGGCUUUCCCUUUUGCACAACUUGUGCUCCCCUCUGUUGUGUUACUGAUUCCCUUGUACCUCUAUAUCAAGUCCAGGAGAUCAAAGAAUUCAUUGUUCCCUGCGGACUGGCCCAUUCUGGGCGUCCUCCCUUUCAUUGCGGCCAACCGCCACUGCUUCCAUGACACCAUCACCUCCAUCCUAGCCGCUACGAACCUCAACUUCAGGGCCUACGGCCCUCCAGGAACCAACAUGAGGUUCUUCUUGACGUGUGACCCAGACAACGUCAGGCACAUCUUCACCAAGAACUUUGCAAACUACCCCAAAGGUGACGAGUUCGCCUCCGUGUUUGGCCUUUUAGAAGGAACUAUAUUCACCGCCGACGGCGAGGCGUGGCGCCAGCAGCGCGCGAGGAUCCAUCACGUCCUGACGAGGCCACGUCUGUUGGGCUCCACGUCGCGCGGCUGCCGUGACAAGGUGGCGCGUGGGCUCAUCCCGCUGUUGUCCCGCAUGGCACUCGCGGGUACGCCGUUCGACAUCGAGGACAUGCUUGGGAGGCUUGUUUUCGACAUGACUGUCAUGCUUGUGUUCGGAGAGGACCCUUGCUGCUUAUCCACCAGCAAGCCGCCGAUGCCCGUCGCGACGGCCAUGGACGCCCUCAUGGAGGUGGCCUUCUUCCGUCACGCGGUGCCAACGCUGUGCUGGAAAGUGAUGAGGCGCCUGAGAAUUGGCCCGGAGAGAAGCGUUGAUGCGGCAGAAGCAGUGCUACGGAGCUUCGUCGCGGGAGAGAUCCGGAGGAGGAUGGCCGCUGGCCAGCAAACCGACGGCGAGGUCGCCGCCGUGGACAUCCUGUCCCACUACAUCGAUGACCCGGACUUCUUCGACGACGCCGGCCGGGAGCCCACUGACUUCCUGCUCAAGACGUUCAUCAACUUCAUGGUCGCGUUGCGUGAUCCGGUGGGCGCGGCGCUGCCGUGGGUCCUGUACAACCUCGCCACGCAUCCGCGAGUCGUGUCCGGUGUCCGUGAGGAACUGGUGCCCGUGGUCUCGCGGGCAUCCUCGGCCGCGGGCAUGGUGGUCUUUGAGCCGGAGGAGCUGAAAGAUCUCGUCUACCUACGUGCGGCCUUGUUCGAGUCCUUGCGGCUGUUCCCGUCGGGCCCGAUCGAGCGCAAGGCGGUCAUCGCCGACGACGUGCUGCCCAGCGGCCACAAGGUUCACGCCGGCGAGACCGUCCUGGUCCCCGUGUACAGCAUGGGGAGGAUGGAGAGCGUGUGGGGCGGGGACUGCCGGGAGUACAGGCCUGAGAGGUGGCUCUCCGAGGACGGGGCCAGGCUGCGCUUCGUGCCGUCGUACAAGUUCUUGUCGUUCAACACGGGGCCCAGGUCUUGCCUUGGCAAGAACAUAGCAAUGGCGCAGAUGAUGUCCGUCGCUGCGGCAGUGGCGUGGAACUUCGACGUGGAGGUGGCGGAGGGGCACGCCGUGGAGCAGAAGCUUUCGGUUGUUCUGCAGAUGAAGAACGGGCUCAUGGUGAAGGUUAAGAAGACAGGGGAAUGUGUAUGAGCAGGUAGCAUUAGCUAGGCUGGAUGUGUAUGAAUCAUGUUAUGUACCACCGGGGCACAACAUAUUUGACUCAAUUUGACCAGUCAAUGUGGUAUCUCAUAAUCCAGAGCUUGUUUCUACU